GCACAGGAAGUUCAUAUCGACGCGCCAUAAAAGCACAGUUUUCACGGCGAUUAAACUAUUUUAAUGCACUUUUGUUCUAAUGGGUAUCGAUUAAUGCAAGCUUUAUUUUUGUGUAAAAGCGGAUACAACUAUUUUCAACUGACUCACGUGACCGGGGGAUUUUUUUUCGGCAUAACACCGUCAUCAACAUCGGUUGACAAUCUGCUACACAUUUGUCUCAUAAACAGCUAGCUGACCGAAGCUACUAUUGCACCUCAGCUGGAGGAGGACCCUUAUAAUUCUGACCUGUAUACCCCAGUAACACGUUACGACACAUCUCCCCUUCGAAGGUUUGCUCUGAUGGAGCAGCGAUUCUCAGUCUUCCUGGACAGGCACCAUGUUUCCUUGCCACGUAACUGCUUGGCCUUCUGCUGAGCCCCCAGCGUCUUGCGGUAGCCAUGCCCCCUCAGUGCAGCCCUCCCAACCUCUCCCUGAUCUGCUGUGCAGCUGUCCUGUGCCACCUUUAAACACUUACACUGUCCUCGGACCCCAUGGAGUCCCUCAUCGUGGUCACGGAGUAUGAACCAAGCCGGCCACCUGGACAGGCUGCAGAGGAAGAGGUAGAAGAAAUGGACAGCUCUGAGACGCCCGAGCCUGCUUCCUCCCCUGCAGCACCUUUCCGGACUCCAUCCUGUGACCUGCUGUCCCAUACAUUUGGUCGGCCAGAGGCUCUGCUGCCGGAAAGCCAAGAGCAGAGGGGCAGGCUGAGCCUGUCCGACCGGAAGCUCUCUUUGCAGGAGCGCUCACAGACGGCAGCAUCCCCCUGCAGCUCCCCUGGAUUAAACGGGCGCUAUAUUUACCCAUCACUACCAUACUCUCCUAUCACAUCACCCCAUUCUUCUCCACGUCUGCCCCGCCGGCCCACCGUGGAGUCCCACAGCGUCUCCAUCACAGAUCUGCAGGACUGCGUUCAACUCAACCAGUACAAACUGAAAGACGAGAUUGGAAAGGGCUCCUACGGCGUUGUCAAGCUGGCUUACAACGAGGAUGACAACACAUACUAUGCGAUGAAGGUGUUGUCCAAGAAGAAGCUGAUGAGGCAGGCAGGUUUCCCACGGAGACCACCUCCUCGUGGAGCCAGAUCACUCCCCGAGGGUCCUGGUCAACCUAAAGGGCCACUAGAGCGAGUUUAUCAAGAGAUCGCUAUUCUUAAAAAACUAGACCAUCCUAAUGUGGUCAAGCUGGUAGAGGUUUUGGAUGACCCCAGCGAGGACCAUCUGUACAUGGUGUUUGAGCUGGUGAAACAAGGGGCGGUAAUGGAGGUGCCAGCAGAUAAAGCAUUUAGUGAAGACCAGGCUCGUUUUUACUUCCGGGACCUUCUCAGAGGAAUUGAAUAUUUGCAUUACCAGAGGAUCAUUCACAGAGACAUCAAACCCUCCAACCUGCUGGUGGGAGAAGACGGACACAUCAAGAUUGCAGAUUUUGGAGUUAGUAACCAGUUUGAGGGAGCUGAUGCUCUGCUGACCAGCACAGUGGGAACGCCGGCUUUCCUGGCACCUGAAACCCUUUCUGAGACCAGAAAGAAUUUCUCUGGGAAGGCUCUGGAUGUUUGGGCCAUGGGAGUGACUCUUUACUGCUUUGUCUUUGGUGUGUGUCCAUUCAUGGAUGAGCGUAUUCUCAGUCUUCAUCAAAAGAUCAAGACUCAGCCAGUGGUGAUACCAGAACACACCGACAUUUCAGGUGAUCUCAAAGAUCUGUUGUUGAAAAUGUUGGAUAAGAACCCAGAAACCAGGAUAUCAGUGCCACAAAUAAAGGUGCACCUGUGGGUGACGAAGCAGGGGGCGGAGCCUCUUCCUCCCGAGGAUGACAACUGCUCUAAGCUGAUUGAAGUUACUGAAGAGGAAGUGGAGAAUUCUGUCAAGCACAUCCCAAGUUUGGCUACAGUGAUUCUGGUGAGAACCAUGUUGAGGAAGCGCUCUUUUGGGAAUCCGUUCGACUUGGGUCGGAAAGAGGACCGCAGCAGUUUGUGUGCAUCAGGACAAGCACUCGCUAAACAGGGGAGCGGUAACUGUGGGAGAAACAUGGACGGGGCCUACGUCGGGGAGCACGAGGCUCUUUCCUGAUACAGACACUUUGAUAUGCACUCUGAAAAUCUUCCUACCUGUAACCGCACAGCAUGACACCCCUUUACUCAUCUUUAAACUGUCAGCCGACACACGGCGGACAUCAACGUGGAAGAUGGACAUAAAGGACUGUUUACAAAAAGGAAGGCAUUUAUAAUCUGUGGCAGUUUUUUUAACUUUAAAUCUUUUUGUCUUCUUGUACAGCUCAGUUUGGGGUUUGUGAUUGUCCCAUGUGAACUUUGACCCCAUUUCCUCUAAUCCACACUUCUCUUCUUCCUGUCCUGCAUGCAUUUAUAGUCCGUGCAUGCCUCGUCUCAGGCUUUACUCGUACAGUUUCAGGUUUAACCUCUUGUUUUACUCUUUUUUUACUUAAGCCCUUCAGGUGCAGGUAGAGGCAGGAGAUGGUUUAUGGGACGAGAUUCUCUUUAGAUGAGAACAAACCUUGAUUGUGUGGUUCAAGCUGCUUGAGAGUAGCCGGACCCUGUUUUGUAUCAUAAUUCAUAGACAUUCCUGUAAAGUUUACUUCAAAUGGGAAAAAGGGAAAACGUGUUUACUCCAGUAAAUGCAUGUGCUUAAUUUCUCAGUGCAGAUAUUUUAAAAGCUUUAUAGACACCUCGAUUUGACAUUUGUCAUUUACUACAUAAUUUUAAAGCUUUAAAAAUUUUCAUUUAUUGAUAUAGUGCUUUGGUAACAAUCGUGUUUGUCAGUAAUGCAUAUAGAAGUCUUCAAGAUGAUCCUUUCUGGUUACAAAAUCAUUCCUUUAGUAAAAGAAGCAUGUUAAAUACAUUUGAAUUCCACUAAGAUGCUGCAAAAUGAGCAUUAAACCUGUAGUCCACUUGAGAAAAACAGAAUGUGCAAAAAAAUUCUGUAGCUUUACAUCAAUUUCUUUAAGCAAAAAAAAAAAAUUAUAUAUAUAUAUAUAUAUAUAUAUAUAUAUGUGUGUGUGUGUGUGUGUGUGUGUGUCUGUUUGCAGACACUGAAAACUAAAAAUAGUCCAAAAGAACCUCAAGUUUGAUUAUUUUACAUUUUUUAUGUGCUUGUUUAGUCAAAAACAGUUCUGUUAAUUUAAGGCUGCACAUUUCAGUCGGGGUAUUUUUCCAGCCAAUUAAAGAGUAAGUUAAUGCUGACUUAAAGGUAGAAGCAUAGUGCCAAUGCAGACUUUUAUACUGAUCUAUGCAUGACUUACACUACAGAGGUGUUUUAAAAAUUCUUGUCCUCUUUGGUCAGAAGUGUAGGUAACUGAGCAAACAGUGUUUUUAAUUUGUUGUGUUUUACUUUCGACCCCAAAGCAGCAGAUUAGACAUUUCCACCCACUUUUCCUCCUUUAUUUAUUUAUUUAUUUAUUUUUUGGUUAGUUUUUUCCCCUUUAGGAUCUUGACUGAAUGUGUCAGUAGAAAACAAAACUUAUGGAUACGGUACUGAUUCUUACAUUUGAUGCUUCCACAUGUUUCUUAGUUCAGCACCUUUGUGUUGAAUGUAUAGAAAAAAAAGGGACUGGACUGUUUUUGCACUCGUUCCUGUAUUUUCAUGUCUGUUUCUAAGGCUCGUACUAUGCACAUGAUGUGUCUCUACAGUGCAACAGUACACACGGUCAGAUUGUACAGCAGGCACAGCCAGCAGCUAUGUUCAGAGGGCUGUUUGUGCUUCGGUGAUCCUAAUUAAUUUCUUUUUUAAUAAAAUAAUUACAUUUAUGCCCUUAAAUGGGCUCAACACAGCCUGACACUCUGGUUUAAGAUUUAUAUAAAUUAUAACAUCCUUAUAAAAGAUAUGAGCAUUUAAUUAAGAAAGUUAAUGAAAAAUGCCUCAGAUUGUUUUAGUUGUGUAAAAUAUGAAUAUAUUAUCCCUGAUUAUAAAUGAUAAAGAGUAUUCUAACAUAUUUCUGAUUGUGAACACAGGGUGACGGUGUUUUGUACUCGCCAUAUUUAAACAUUGUUUACCUGCUGCUGAUUGUUGUCAGAAUGGCCAGGCUAAGUGAUCGGCUCACUGUUAUCUGGUUUCUUUUACACCAUUAGUUGUUGUAGCUGGUUUUAUUGAGCUGAGGGCUCUUGUCCACUAAAUGCAUGCCAACAGACUCAGUCAUCACAUAAGAGGUCAAAGCAGGGCCUUUAAGCUACACAAACUGUACUUUGUUCAUCGUAUAAAAUAAAAUAUUAUUGCCUUUCUUUAA